AGCGGCCAAGGCCUAGUUUCUCCGUCGAGAACUGGAUGCCGGCGCCUCCUCGAAUGCCGUUUCAACCUAUCCACCCACAGGUUUCCAGUCUCGAUCCUUUAUCUUCGUCUAGCUACAAUGGAGUCUUCAACUUCGGAAUACCCCGAGACCCAAUGCCAUUUGCAACGAGCCCAUUGGAGCUGAAAGUGAGAACAAGUGCCAGUGACCAAGGGAACCCUAGUGGCAAUUCCAGUCGUCCAACAACUAUUCAAAAUUGUCAACCAGACUUGUCCAAAUUCAUCAAGCAAUUGCCUUUCCAAGAAAAAACCGAGGGGACUUUACUGCAAAGGCCAUCAUCAGAAUCAGAAUCAGAUGUACCAGUUUACAACAAGGGCUUCUUUAGCUUCUUAUUACAACCAGAAGAUCUGCAAAGGGGUAGUACUUCAGCAGAUGCCUCGCUUUGUCUUAAAACUGAGAUUCGUUGUAAUGAAAAAACAGGGGAGUUUAUUGACCUUAACCUAAAGCUCUAAACUGGUGCAUGUCGUGUAAUGCCCUCUUUAAUUAGGGAAACGUAGUGCUCAAAACAAUAUUAGGUUUAUAUAUUAUGCUAGGUACUAGACUGAUUAUGUUUUAUGGAUAUUAUAGAUUAAUC